AUGCAUUAUGAAAUUUAUUACCAAACAGCCCAUUACCCCAGCGAGGUGUGGCGCAAUAUCCUCCAUGUCAUCUUUGCCAUUGGUGCGAUUCACACUCUUCGUACAAAUGCUCAAGCUGGUGUCGUUGAAAGCGAUCAUGUUAUGUUCGCAUUCCGUUCAGGAGCGCUAGGUCGGACAUCAACAUUUCUUGUGGAUAUUCCAUCUUUGGAACAACUUCAAUGGGCUGCAAUCAGCGGACUGUAUUAUCUUGCGAGUUAUCACAUCAAUAGAGCGUGGAAUUUAAUCGGUCUAGCAGUACGUUUUGGGCAUACUCGGGCUCUUCAUCUAGUCAAAUCAAAUACAGACCUUUCAGAAAGCGAGCAAGAAUUAGAAUUGAGAGUCUGGCACGCUAUCAGCUCAAUGGAACGAUUCAUCUGCGUCUUCACGGGGCGCCCUUCCUCACUUCAGGAUCGUUUUACAAGUAUUCGUUUCCCCCGCACAGUUGAACUUACAUUCGCAGGACCCCUUGCAUAUAUGGCCUCGCUGGAGACUCAAGCAGCGAUGGCAGCAAUAUGUCCGCCUUCUAAUGUCACCACGAGAACCACCUCUUCUAUACCACCAUGGACCAUCUUCAUACGGAGUCUCCACCUAGAUUUAAUUAUCGCCGAGGCUUUGGAGGAGCUGUAUAGUCCCUGCACAGUCAAUAGAACUUGGGCUGUCGUGCAGAAUUUAGUGUUUGAUUUAGACAGGAAGCUCACCCAAUGGAAGGACGACCUUCCCCCUGGAGUUCUGGACCUUUCGCCAGCUUCCGAAGGACUGUUACCCAUGCAUGAACGCAUGUAUCUUUACCUUCGCUUUUAUGGAGCAUGCAUUCUCAUCAACCGCCCAUGUCUCUGUGAGGCUCAACAAUUAAGCAGCGCAAUUCCAUCCCAGUCCGCUUCUUCGAAGAGAAUGGAUCAAGACGCCGCAGUCCGUUGUUUAUCUGCCGCUCGGAAUUUAAUUAAACUCCUCCCUCAAAACGUCCAGCCAGUUGAGCUCUACCUCACCACUCCUUGGUGGUGUAUACUGCAUUAUAUAGUGCAGGCUGGUACUAUUCUGAUAAUAGAAUUAUCAAUGGAUAUCUUUCACCUGCCCAACGAAACCAAAAAUUUGAUUGAAGAGUCAUCUUUUGUUCUCAGGUGGUUACAAGCGUUGUCAGGAACUAGCACCCCCGCCCGUCGAGCCCAUAUUAGCCUAAGUCGUCUGUUGCGCCUUGCACUUUUCAAAAUAGGUAGGGAUAAUCACCCAACUGCAAUGCAAUUUAUGGACGAAGACACGUCAAUGGGCCCGUUGGCUGGCCCCACAAGUACAAUCACCUUCAGCCCUCAGUCCUUCAUACCCAAUACAGUAUCUGCAGGGUGGCAAGAAUAUGGAAUCGACUUGAAACUCUCGAAUCACCGCUCCUCCCUUCAAGGACCUGGUCCUUAA